UCUCCAAAAUCCGAAACCCGAAGCCGAAGAUGGAAACGUCGACGGUGGCGAAUCUCCUCCCUCUCGCCUCCGUGUCUCAGCAACCUUAUGUCUCUGAGCUCCUCUCCUUCACUCUCGAUCGCCUCCACAAGGAGCCUGAGCUUCUUCGAGUAGAUGCGGAGAGGAUUCAGAGGCAAAUGCAAGAGGUAGCGGUGGGGAAUUACCGAGCAUUUAUAGCUGCAGCUGAUGCAUUGCUUGCAAUUCGAGAGGAAGUUUCUUCUAUUGAUAGACAUCUUGAAUCUCUGGAUCCAUUCGCAUACAUCAAUUCACUGCUGAACAUGCUGAGAGACCAAGAGCUUAGAACUCUCUGUCACAGGAUAAUGACUAAUGGCAUGUACAAGAGCCCAAUGCACAGGGUGGUGACAAACACAGAAAGGUUGAGAAUGUCUUUAGCCUCAUUCAUUGAACCAGAGCCGGAAAGAGAGGUAGGACCGGUGGAGGAUUUGAUAGACGAGCAAAGACCGAGGAUAUAUCGCAAUGUGAAAGAUUAUGGUGCUAUCAACUAUGAGUGCUAUCAGAAAGGGUUGGUAGCACUUGAAACUGUUAGAGUUUAG